AUGAAGUCCUCCAUCGCCGCCGUCGGCCUUCUGGCCUCGCUCGCCAGCGCUUCCGCCUACCAGCCCCGCCACUUCCACUGGCGCCGCGACAACACCACCGCUCCCGCCGGCUACACCACCCUUACCGUCGAGGUCACCGAGGUCGCUACCGUCACAUCGUGCGCCCCUACUGUCACCAACUGCCCUGCCCGCAGCGCCACCCUCUCCGCCUCUGACCUCUCCACCUACAUCGUCACCAACACUGUUGUCCUGACCGAGGUCGUCUGCCCCGUCACUGAGGCCGCCAGCAUCUCCAAGUCCCUCGUCGACCAGCACUCCACCGGCGGUCUGCCUGGCUACACCCGCACCGCCCCCGUCAUCACCACCCCCUCCGCUUCCGUCCCUCUGUCCACCGGCGGUGCCACCAACUCUGCUCAGGACCCUGCCGUGACCAGCCCGCCCACCGCAGGCAAUGAUGACGACGAGGAAGAGGAGGACGAUGACUGCCCCGCUGAGGAUGGCGAUGUCGUGACUACCGUCACCCAGAUCAUCACCACCAAGACCCUCACCAUGACCGUCGGCAAGGGCUCUACCGCUUCUGUCGUCACCACCGCCAUCCCUACCACCGUUGAGUCUACCAUCCUCAUCACCAAGCCCUACAGCGAGGGUGCCUCCAAGCCUGUUGGCUCUGCCACCGGCCUUGUCGGCAGCGACGAGCCUACCACCACCACGACCGCCACCUCCACCGCCACCCGCACCGUCACUGUCAAGCGUCCCGGUUCCACCGAGGCCGCUUCUCCCAGCUCCGGCACUGGUCUGGGCUCUGACGGCGAGUGCUCUUGCCCCGCUGUCACCGUCACCGUCCCUGCUUCCACUGUCUACGUUACCAUCGGUGGCUCCGCCCCCGCUCCUACCGGCGCCGAGCCCAGCAAGACCGCCAGCGCCCAGGUUCCCGUCACCACCGGUGACGUUGACGCCGAUGGUGACGACAGCGAUGACGAGGAGGACUACGACUGCCCCGCCGACGAGGAGGUUGUCACCCUCUCUACCACUGUCACCGUUGCGCCCUACCCUACCAACGGCACCGCCUCCAGCGGCGCCGCCAAGCCUACUGGUUACUACAAGCGCUCCAACAAGCUCUUUUAA